AUGGAGUCAGAAGAAGCCACCCAUCAUCAGACCGCUACCCACACAGAGGAUGGGCUCGAGGAUGGAAGUGCGGAAAUUGCUGUGCCCACUCCCCCAAACGAGGGCGAGACGGCAGUUCAUCAAAAUAUCUAUGGACCAACAACUGAAACCCUCGCCGAACUUCAGAGCAAAAGCCUUGAGGGCAGCGACGACAAUCAGAACUCUUGGCAUGCCUUCGUUCGAGACAUGCAUCAAGACAACCACCCUUCCAGUGACGCAGAAAUAGAGAAGCUCAGGGCCAUGCUGGAUGGAGCGAGUAAGUCGAGGAUCAACGCCAGAGACGAAAGAGGCCAGACGGCACUUUACAUUGCCGUCGAACGAGAUCUGAAAAAGGCUGCCAUCGAGCUACUCAACGCUGGUGCGCAGACCACAGUGGCAGACAACACAAAUGACCAUCCCCUUCACAUUGCUUGUUAUUCAGGCAAUCUUCAGCUUGCAAAGAAGCUUCUAGCAAAUAACGCAGAUGUCGAGGCCAAGGGAGAAUACGGCGAGACACCACUAGGUCUGGCCUGUCGACGCGGACAUGCAGAUGUGGUUGAACUGCUUCUCAACCAUGACGCCAGCACGCAAGUCUUUAAUUGCAGUGAGAGGACCCCUCUCUUUGCAGCAGCCCUCCACGGUCAUGUUGGUGCAGUCAAACACAUUCUCGAAAAGGACCUGUCAUCCCUUGACAAAGUUGAAUCUACCAACACCUGGACAGCCCUUCACGUGGCAAUCUACAAAGGUCAUGAAGAGAUUGUCAGUAUGCUGCUUAAAGCAGGAUCGAGGCUUGAUAUGCGUGCCAAGGAUGGAAGCACCCCUCUGAUGACAGCAAUCCAAAAUCAUCGUGAAGGCAUCGUGAAAAUGCUACUUGUCCGCCGGUCAGAGAAUGAAGACCUUCAGCUGGAGACGCCAUCUGAUAACAAAGCCACGCCACUUGGUACUGCGUGUAUGCGGGGUUUCGCGACUGGCGCCCGUCUCCUGAUCGACGCCGGCGCAGACUGUACAGCCCGGAUAUUCGACAGACCGGUACCGAUUUUCGCACUCGCCUGCGGCUACCGCCAUCGAGAAAUUGCUUUGGACAUGAUUACAAGAUCCAAGACUCGCAUUGAUGGAAACUGUCAAUCUAACAAUGGCCGGAAUGCGUUGAACAUGGCGACUGCACGUGGUCAUACCAAGAUUGUGGAACUGCUGCUGGACCAUCGAGAAGCAAUUGGGUUAUCACAAGAUACAAUAUCACGGGCAUUAUUCGGAGCGAUAGACGCGGGCUGUGAGAGUGUGGUCAAGCUGAUGCUGGGCCCGAAAGGGAGAGUCUCAGUGAACUACAAGACAUACUGGGACAGAACACCGUUGCAUAAUGCUUGUAACCCACUUGGAUGCAUCACCUCGGACUCAGAGAUAUGGGGCCCUGAUGACCUGAAAGAGGAGGAGAGAAGCAAUCCUGAGUUCCAGCCUGGGAGACACAAGGCUAUAUUGAGUCUCUUGCUGGAACAAGGGGCUGAUGUGGACGCAAUAUCAGAGCAUCAGGGGACGGUAUUGCAUUCCGCAACGGCAUCGGGUAACGUUGCCACCAUUGACCUUAUUCUGGAACGUAUGUGCCAUGUCGACGCAUCCCUUAAGAAUUAUAACGGCCAUACUGUACUAUUUAUCGCUUUCGAGCCGGGGCGCGAGAACGCCAUGAGGGCCCUCUAA